AUGUCCGACGCCACGACGACCGGCGUGGCAACCUCGCCGCCCGUUGUGUUGACAAAGAAGCGCCGAUCGACAAGCAACGCUGCGUCCAAGAAAACGCGGCAGCAAUCCGACGAGCAGCAGGAGCAGCAGCAGAAGCAAAGGGAGCCGUCGCGCAGACAGCCGCCUAAGUAUCGCCACGUCGAGGCCACUCACUCCCUCGUCCGCCCGUCCUGCCUGAGCCAUGACUCCACGGCAUCCCCCAGCUUCCUGGGUUUCCGCAACCUCAUGGUCAUUGUUCUCGGUAGGUUUGAGAUCGACAACCUCGCUGCUGCUCACGUUGUGCAUUUGGUUGGCAAUGUGCGAUUGAUGAUUGAAAAUAUUCAAAAGUAUGGCGUCCUCAUCUGCCUCAAAUGCCACGACUUUCGCCGCCACGAUGUCCUCGUCGGCCUUGGCCUCUUCUGCCUCAUCCCCUGCCACCUGCUCAUCGCCUACCUCAUCGAGCUCGCCGCCGCACGACAAGCUAUCCGAUCCCGCCGCCGUACCCUUGGCGGCAGCACCACGACAAACAACACCACCGCUACCGCUACCGGCCCGUCGGACCGUGACCGUCGCAAGUUCCACAACAUCUGGAUCGUCGUCGCCUGGGCGCACAUGAUCAACAUCACCCUCGCCCUCGCCCUCACCACCUUCGUCGUCUACUUCUACGUGCACCACCCGUUCGUCGGCACCGUCGCCGAGACGCACGCCCUCAUCGUCUGGCUCAAGACGACCUCGUACGCCUUCACCAACCGCGACCUGCGCCACGCCUACCUGCACCCGGUGCAGGGCGAGUCGGUGCCGGAGCUGUACAAGGCGUGUCCGUACCCGGAGAACAUCACCGUCAGCAACAUGUCGUACUUUUGGUGGGCGCCGACGCUCGUCUACCAGCCCGUGUACCCGCGCACCGACCGCGUUCGUUGGGUCUUCGUCGCCAAACGCCUCGGCGAGGUCUUUUGCCUGUCCGUCUUCAUCUGGGUCGCGAGCGCGCAGUACGCGGCGCCGCUGCUGCGCAACUCGCUCGACAAGAUUGCCUCGCUCGACCUCUUUAGCAUCCUCGAGCGCCUGCUGAAGCUGUCCACCAUCUCGCUCGUCAUCUGGCUCGCGGGCUUCUUCGCCAUCUUCCAGUCGUUCCUCAACGCGCUCGCCGAGGUCACCCGCUUCGGCGACCGCUUCUUCUACGACGACUGGUGGAACAGCGAGAGCCUCGGCGCCUACUGGCGCACCUGGAACCGCCCCGUCUACACCUACUUCAAGCGCCACGUCUACAUGCCCCUGCUCGGCCGCGGCUGGAAGCCGUCGACCGCCAGCCUCGCCGUCUUCUUCGUCUCCGCCGUCCUGCACGAGGUCCUCGUCGGCGUCCCCACGCACAACAUCAUCGGCGUCGCCUUCCUCGGCAUGUUCCUGCAGCUGCCCCUGAUAGCGCUCACCGCUCCACUAGAGAAGAUGAAGAUGGGCAACGGCGGCAAGGUCCUCGGCAACGCCAUCUUCUGGGUCUCCUUCACCAUCUUUGGCCAGCCCUUUGCCGCGCUCAUGUACUUUUACGCCUGGCAGGCCAAGUACGGGAGCGUCAGCCGCCAGCCCAUGCCUUCGGGGACAAGGUAG